CAAAUCUCUACGAGACAGCUUCUGAACUUUUCUCUUCAUCAGAUUUCUAUUCCACGUUCAACGUAGAUAAACAGAAAUUUGCUGAGAUAACUCAAAACAAGAAGCCUUCUAAUAUUUCCGAUUCCACUGACAACCUUAGCGCUUCGCAUGAAAAUUUGUUAGAGAGCUAUCGUCAAGCAGAAUCGCAACCAAAUAUUUCUAAUUCAUCCAUCAUGGAGGAAACCAGUGAAAGAUUGUCAAGGUCAUCAACAGAGAUAGCAAAUGGCAGAACAAGUCCUGCAGAAGUAGAUGGUCUAAGACGUAUCAACUCAUUGAAUAAUGUAACUGCUAAAAGAUUCCACAGUAGCACAGGCCUUCUUGGAGCAGCACAAUUCAACCGACCAGGAACAGAAAUCUAUGGCAGAACCUGGAGUUUAAGGCGUGGUGUCAGCCUCCCAGAAGGUCACUGGCCAGUGAUGCAUCAACGUACGCUGACCAGCCCUGGUCGCAUACAGAAGGUGAUGGUGAAGAGCACCAACAUUGCUGUGUCUCCUACAGGCAGAGAGGCUGACAAUCAACAGACAGGAAGAAGCAGUGGAAAUUCAAAGAACCCUGAUGACUGGGUUGGCCGGUGGCUGAUGGAUGCUCCACAACAUGUGGCUCAGACUGGGAGUCUGGAUUACAGAGACAUGUCAGAUAGAAAGAUAAGCCUGCAGGAGAGAUCAGAUGUCAACAAGAGUCAAUCUCUUCCUCGAAGCAAAAGUUUCGGCGGUCCCACCUCUUACGGCGUGACAGUCACGGCAAUGGGGGUCAAAUGGAACGAAUCUGGUAACACAGUGAAUCACGCAAGAGGACCCCAACGCUAUAGUUCCUCGAAUUUGAUGCAGGAAAAGCAAUUGCGUGACACACAACCCAAUGACACGUCUCCACGCCAAUCAGAAACGCCUUGGAACUCACUCACGUACGCAACACCUGGUGAUACAGUGGAAGUACGCCUGCCAAGGGACAUCAUUGGACCAAAAAUGACUUCAAGUGAGAGCACUUCUAGCCUUGAUUCUGUGGGAACAAUGGAUUCCUCUGUGGGUGGUGCACGUAGACAGGGUCCUGCUCCCCCGCCCAGGCGGAGCGUAUCCAAGCUCCUCAGCUCGUUUCGGACUCGCGAUCGACGGCGACCCCAGGAAGAAGUGCACAUUCCACCAAGAUUUGGCGCAGUUGCGAGAAUACCUGAAAUUGCGCCUGAUCAACCAAAACAUAGCGUGUCUAGAUCGUGGCCGACAGACCAUGUAGCGGAGAGCAAGCCAGCCGGAAGUGAGGUCACAAGGCAGUCUUGGCAUGCUGAGCCCGCGGGUUACAGCGUACUAGGGGCGCAUUCCUCGACGUCCAGUGAUGUCACUCCUGACAGAAAACUUUCCAAGUCCUCCAGCCUGCGGUAUAGCUCCUCAGUCGUGAUAAGAAACAUGCGUUCCUCAUCUUCCUCGUCUUUUGAAGAGAAGAGCACCGCUCCGACGGUGUACCGUUCGGGACAGAUGGCAGCGGAAGCUGAGCAAGUCCGGCCCAACAACCGCUCAAGCACACUUCCGCCAAGGAAAAUGCUCAGCGACGUGACCGCGCCAAUUAAAUCGCCUGGUGACGUUGGACGAUGGCCGCCGCAGAACGAACGCGAAGCGGAAAAGGGCCGGAUUGAAGACACGCAGAUUUUAAUACGACUCAUGAAUGACAAAGUCACCAAUGUGGAAACGUCGCCCAGCGUCAAAGCUAGGAUCGCCAACUUUGAAGGAGGAAUGAAGCAAACAGGUGACGGGACACCUUCACAGGAGAGGCCUCGCUUCCAACAACAGCGUUCUUUCAGUCAAGGAAGAAUCGACAUCCCGCAGCGGCCACUGAAAGAAUCGCGCAUCAGCCAGUCGUCGUCCAUGGAUUCGCUUCUAGAAACACGUCCACCCACGAGAUUCAGCGCGACUUCUUCAUCAACAGAGCAGCCAAUAUCACCGCCGAUCAGAAACGAUACAAGACCAACGACGAAACACUGGGAAACAAACGACAAUUCGGACCGUGGCCGAUCCGAGGAAAACUACAAGAGACCGUCACGUACUUUUGACGUUAAAAGCAACCCCGGGACGGGAGAACCUAGGUCUGAUUUUGAACCUUCCUCUCCAGCGCGGCUAGAAAGACAACAGUCUUUAGAGGAGCAGCCUUUCAUGAAAUUUGCGUCGUCCGCUCGCGAGGAAAACAAGGUCAAUUCGGCAAUGGAAAGAACUGCCCCGGUGAGUGAUAAACAUUUAUUAAUCUCAGAAACUCUGGAACCUGACUUGAGUAGAAAACCGGCUGAAGAAGAGCCUGGACCUCCUCUGAAUAACGACGAAAAUGAAGUGUUUUGGGAUGCAGACGAUUCCUUCCCGCCCCCACCCCCGUUGCAUCUUCUCGACCCCCUAGAAACGUCACAAGACAGCUUGCCUUUACCCUCUCCUCCUCGGGAAGUCCUUGUUGAAUUUCCUCCUCCCUAUAAUGACUACGACUCGAGGCGGAAUGACCCUGUCGAAAAGGAGACCUAUCUGCAAAACGGCAAGGACUGUAACGAUAUUAUAAAGCCUGAGGAAAACGCCUUGGUUGAAUCCAGCGUGGUAAUUGGCGAAGAACCCAAAAUUGAGUUAAAUGGACCCGGGAAGAUCGACACGAGUGUCGUGUCAGACCAACCGUUUGAAACAUCGUCGAGUACGGAUCUGUCGUCAAAAGAUACCUCCCCUGCAGAGAGCAAGAAAAUGAGUUCCCAGAGGGCCCCGCCACCUCCCCCGCUCGUACUGACGUCAACCCCUACCAAAGAUGAACCCGAUCAGAAGGGCUCUUAUUUGGAUGUCUCCAACAGUCCCUACAGCGGUGGUUCCAACACAUCCACCCCUUCAAACAGUCGCCCGAAUAGCAUGUUCAGUCCAAAACUGGAAGCAUUGGAUAAAGAAAAGGCUGAUCUCGUGGAAAGCAUGAAGCAAAAGAUAAUCGAUCUAAGAUCCCAGAUGGAUGAAAUAAAAGAGGAAAUUGAUGGAAACGAGGAACUUGGUCGGAAAGUCACGAGGGUAGUGGAACAGAAGGCAAGCGAGACGGAGUUUUCUAAAUAUCAGCGUUUCACGGGCGAAUUGAACAAGAUUAUUGGACUGUUAUUGAUACUUACACAGAGAAUGCAUAGAUACGAGAUGAUGCUAAAUGAUUUAGACAUGUCUGAAGAAGCUGACCGGCAACAAAGGGAUAUUUUACAAGAGAAAAUCGAGAAGGUCGCCAUGCAACACGAAGAAGCGUGUAAAAUCAAGGAAGUGAACGAUAAGCGGGGAGAGGUGGUGUCCAAGAUUUUGGAAAAUUGUCUUGAAGAAGAAGAAUUUGCGGACUUUCAGUACUACAUAGACAUGAAAACCCAACUCGCCUUGAUGCAUGCUGAGAUUCGGGACAAGGUAAAGAUGGGAGAGGAAAGGUUGAACACUUUACAUUCCACGAAGAUUGACUGGAGCAUUUUAAGCCUAAGCUAAGCAUUACGGAAGAUGAUCGGAAAAAGCCGACGAUGAGGCAACGAUGCUUUAUUUACGACGCUUUAUUAGGGUAGUUCGUAUAGAAUCCAGUUACGGUAUAGUCUUCUUUGCAGUUGAUAUAACGCUUCUCUCUUUCUUGACAGUGUCGGUUUGCCUGGCCUUGAACUGUAUUCCUUGCCUGUUUUUGAUAACUUUGACACCGGUCAGCCAAAAAGGUCUUGAUUUACAGAAAGUGGUGAUCUGUAGAAAAGCUUCCAGAACGCUUCAGUCGUUGAAUUAGAAUGCCUGAUUUACCAGGAAAGUUUGGUGGACUCUUUAAGAAAACCCUGUUCUGUGUUGACGUUGUACUGUGGGUUGUUAACGCCGGCACACUGCAAAAACAGGGCUACCCCGCUCCCCUACUAGAGCAAGAAAUGAUCUACUCUUACCAGUCCUCACCCUUGGUGUUUUGGGGGAGAAGGGUGGGGGUGUGCAAGAGGAGGCCCAUCGUUACCCCCCUCCCCCCCCCCCCCCCCCC